AUGAUCAUCCCCCCAAUUCCACUACAAAACUCAGAUUUUACGCUCAAUGCCACUGGAAUCGCCGGUUUCUUUGGAGGGGAUGAGGCGGUGUCAGCCAUGGCAUCGGUCCAUAUGUAUGAGGGUAGGAAAUGGCUGGGAUGGUACAAUUCCCCAGGGAGUUACGUCGUCGCAAAGCGUUAUGGUCAACUCGCCAACUCGAGGUUCUGGGAUGGGCUAUUCCCCGGCGUAAACGUUGAUCCAGCUGACCAAAAUAUCACGGAACACAUUCGGGUACUGUCAUGCAGCAGACAGGUCACCUGGCACAUUUAUUUGUCUCAAAAUGUGAGGAGUUGGCCCGGGAGAUGA